AUGUCUAUGUUCAAGGAGGAGUACACCAAGUACGCCUCAGGGCAUGUCCUCUACAACACUAAGGUCUACAGUCCCGAGCAGCCAUGCAGCUCGGGACCCUGGAUAAUCUACAUCCACGGCGGUGCCUGGCGCGACCCGGAAAUCCUUGCAUCUUCCUUUGACACGACCGUCUCGCACCUCCUAGACGACACGCCCGGCACGCCCACCGCCAUCGCCGGCUUGGCCUCCAUCGACUACCGCCUCACCCGGUACCACAGUUUCCCGCAGGACCCGGCUACCACGGACCCGCAAGAGCUCCGCGACGCCACGCACCCAGACCACGUGCAUGAUGUACUGCGUGCACUGGCGCACCUGCAGCGCACCUACGGCUUCGGCGAGCGCUACGUGCUGGUUGGGCAUAGCUGCGGCGCCACAUUAGCGCUGCAGACGGUGAUGCAGCGCGUGGAGGGGGCGGCGGACCGAGCGGGCUACGACGUGACGCCGCCGCGCGCGAUCGUGGGCGUGUCCGGGAUCUACGACCUGCGGCUGCUGCGCGACGCGCACCAGCAUCCGGCGUACCAAGAGUUUCUGGAGGCAGCGUUUGGGAAGGACGAGGGGGUAUGGGACGGGGUGUCGCCGGGCCGCGUGGGCGAGGGAGGGAUUGUGGAUGGGUGGAGGGCGGGGAGGUUGUUGGUACUGGCGACGUCGGGCGCGGAUGAGCUGGUUGAUCCGCUGCAGGCUCAGGCGAUGGCGGAGAUGGGGCAGCGGUGGAAGGAGGCAGGUGGGAAUGAAGGGUCGAGGCAGGUGGUCGUGAUUGAGGAUUUGAAGGAGUCUCAUGAUGGGAUUUGGAGGAGUGGUGAGUUGGCGGGCGUUAUCAUGAAGGCGUUAGAGGGUCUGCGGCGGAUAGAGGCGUGUGAUUGA